UGUUCUAUACUUUACGCACACGAAAAUUCACAAAGUUAAUAUAAUAUCUCAAAGUUUUACCUCAUAUUCACAUUUUAACUAUUUUAAAUUUGCUGUUAGACACGUUAUUUUUAGUGUUAUAGUUUAAAAAAUAAAAAAUAAAUAAAAAAUAGAGAUAGUUGUUAAACUUCAACUGAAAAAAAAAAGUAGAUUCUCAAGUAAGAUAAACUCCAACUGAAAAAAAGUUGAAAGGCAUCGAAGCAAAUUUAUAAACAAAAGACAAACAUGUACAUGGCGGGGGUUUAAUCUGGCAGCAAACGCUUCAAUGACGGGGGUGCAGAAAUCGGCGGUGCUAUAUCACUACCCCUGCCCCGAUGGCGCCUUCGGUGCCUUGGCGGCCUACCUCUACUUCUCUCAUUCUCCGGCCUUCGCUCCUCCUCUCUUCUUCCCCAACACCGUUUACUCUCCUAUCAGAGCUGAGAAUUUGCCCUUGAAUGAAACUGAUACUGUUUACCUGCUGGAUUUUGUGGGGCCGCUAGGUUUCGUCGAACAGCUCUCUCGUAAAGUUGGAAGGGUUGUAGUCCUGGACCAUCACAAGACUGCUCUCGAGAUGUUGGGUUCGGGGACAUCAUCAACUAAUGGGAAUGUGACUACAGUGAUAGACAUGGACAGGAGCGGAGCUACUAUAGCUUAUGAUUAUUUCAAGGAGAAACUCCUGGCUGGGGACGUCAACAAUCAUACCAAUGGUGCCGUUACUGAAUUCAGGAGAGUGAGGAGACUAUUUGAAUAUAUUGAGGAUGGUGAUCUGUGGAGGUGGCGCCUUCCAAAUAGUAAAGCAUUUAGCAGUGGGUUGAAGGAUUUGAAUCUUGAAUUUGAUGCCACAUUAAAUCCCUCAUUGUUCCAACAGUUGCUCUCAUUAGAACUCGACUCAGUAAUAAGUCAAGGUAUGUCAAGCUUGGAAGACAAACAGAAAAAGAUAGAGAAGGUUCUCGAGCUGUCAUAUGAAAUAACUCUUGGUGGUGGUGCUUUUGGAAAUUGCCUGGCUGUCAAUGCGGAUUCCAUCCAGGAGCUAAGGAGUGAGCUUGGGAAUGAGUUAGCUCUUAAAAGCCUCAAAAUGGACCUGAGGUUUGUUGUUCUCAAGGUCAAGCUUGAUUUUGCUUUAAACUCAGAGCAAUUUUCAUCAUUCUUAUCUUUCCCAUUAUCCUUUAUCUUUAGGGGAAUUGGAGCUGUUGUUUACAGAGUUCCUGAACUUGAGAAUGACUCACUGUUGAAAAUUAGCCUAAGGAGUAUUGGUGACGAGGACACUACACCCAUAUCACAGGUAAGUUCUGUUUUCCAAACUAAUAUUCUUGGGAGAGUGUAAAGACAUGCUAUUAUUGAAUUUCAAUCAGAAAUAUGGAGGUGGUGGCCACCGGAACGCCAGUUCGUUCAAGAUAGAUAAUGCCGGAUUUCAAACAUGGAAGCUCUCUGUUAACAACUCAAGACUAUCCAGAUGAAGCUUCCCAUCCGAACAUGACAUUGCCUAACUUAUCAAAUAAUUUCAUAUUGUUAAGAGUUAAUAUUUUAAUUCGAUUUUCGAAUUAAAUCUUCUAUGUUUUAUCCCAUGUUCUUUCCAGCACGUUCGUUCUGUAGCCUUCAACACUUGCUCUCCAAGUAUAGUAUCUACUUUAUAAUAAGAAAAUGAGUUUGACCUGUGUGGCA